CACACACACACACGUACACACACACGCGCGCGCGCGCUGCCUCUCUCAGCAUCCUCACCUUCUCCUUCUUCUUCUUGGCCCACCUGGAGGCAGUGGGCGUCCACGGGAGACAAGAGCAUGAGGUGGUCCAUGUGUUAGAAGCCCCGCGCGUGCCCUCCCCCCCCCGUCCCAGGAGAAGCGUCCACCAGCAUGUUCGUCAGCUUCGACGCGCUGUCGGCGUUGGCCACGCUGGCCGCGUGCGUGCUGUGCGUGGCGCUGCUGCUCGCCGUGUGUCAGCAGCUGUGGCAGCUCCGAUGGACGUCCACGCGGGACAAGAAGUGCAAGCUGCCCAUGCCCAAAGGCUCCAUGGGCUUCCCCUUCAUCGGAGAGACGUGCCACUGGCUCGUGCAGGGUUCAGGCUUCCACGCCUCCAGGAGGCAGAAGUACGGAAACGUGUUCAAGACCCACCUGCUGGGCCGCCCGCUGAUCCGGGUGACGGGCGCAGAGAACGUGCGCAAGGUUCUGAUGGGCGAGCACACGCUGGUGACGGUGGACUGGCCGCAGAGCACCGCCGCCCUGCUGGGACCCAACUCGCUCGCCAACAGCAUCGGCGACAUCCACCGCAAGAGGAGGAAGGUGUUCGCCAAAGUCUUCAGCCACGAGGCCUUGGAGUCGUACCUGCCCAAAAUCCAGCAGGUGAUCCAGGAGAGCCUGCGAGUGUGGAGCUCCAACCCCGAGCCCAUAAACGUGUACAGGGAGAGCCAGAGGUUGUCCUUCACUAUGGCGGUGAGGGUGCUGCUGGGCUUCAGGGUGUCCGAGGAGGAGAUGAAGCACCUUUUCUCCACCUUCCAGGACUUUGUCAACAACCUCUUCAGCCUACCCAUAGACGUGCCCUUCAGUGGGUACAGGAAGGGUCUGCGAGCGCGCGACACACUGCAGAAGAGCAUCGAGAAAGCCAUCAGGGAGAAGCCGCUCUGCACGCAUGGCAAAGACUACAGCGACGCCCUGGACGUCCUCAUGGAGAGCGCCAAGGAGAAUGGCGCCGAGCUGACCAUGCAAGAACUCAAGGAGUCCACCAUUGAGCUGAUCUUCGCCGCAUUCGCCACCACGGCCAGCGCCAGCACCUCUCUCAUCAUGCAGCUGCUGCGCCACCCGCCCGUGCUGGAGCGACUUCGGGAGGAGCUGAGGGCGCGGGGCUUCCUUCACAAUGGCUGUCUGUGCCCCGAGGGGGAGCUUCGUCUGGAUACCAUCGUCAGCCUAAAGUACCUGGACUGUGUCAUCAAAGAGGUGCUCAGGCUCUUCACGCCCGUGUCGGGGGCCUACCGCACUGCCAUGCAGACGUUUGAGCUGGACGGGGUGCAGAUUCCAAAGGGCUGGAGCGUGAUGUACAGCAUUCGCGAUACCCACGACACUUCGUCCGUCUUUAAGGACGUGGACGCCUUCGAUCCCGACCGCUUCAGCCAGGAGCGCGGCGAAGACAAGGAGGGGCGCUUCCACUACCUGCCGUUCGGCGGCGGCGUGCGCUCCUGCCUGGGGAAGCAGCUGGCCACCCUCUUCCUGCGCAUUCUGGCCAUCGAGCUGGCGAGCACCAGCCGCUUUGAGCUGGCCACGCGGCACUUCCCCCGCGUGGUCACCGUACCCGUGAUGCACCCGGUAGACGGGCUGAAGGUUAAGUUCUACGGCCUGGACUCCAACCAGAACGAGAUCAUGGCCAAGUCGGAGGAGCUGCUGGGCGCCACCGUGUGAAAGAUGACGGCGAGCUCGCCCCUGAUGGAGAAGAGCGAGGAGGAACGCGAGGACGAGACAUUUUCUUCUCUUCUCUCUUUGACACAAAAAAGGCGGAAGGAGUCUUAAUUCGCUUCCUCUUCCAGCUGGUUGACUUUCCUCGAAGAAAGGAAGAAGCUGCCAAAAAAGUUCUGCUCUAAUCUGUCUUCUUCUCCAAGUAAACACUAUGAAAAUCAUUGGAGCUUCUGGAAAAGCUGAGAUGGAUCAAACAGGGUACAGGAGGACAAAAACUUCUAAUUGGGGUCCAAUUAAGUGUUUGACGUCCCAAAUAGUCAAAUGUCUUGUUGUUCAAUGACUGUAGUGGAUUUCUUGUUCCUGAUUGGCUGAACACAACCAUGAAGCUCACGGCUAACAGCUAGCAUCACAAACACUAACACACAAACAACAAAGCAGAUUCCUUUGAAUGUGGGCGGAGCUUAAACAAACUCCAACCAAACCAAAGCCUCAGAGGGACGGACCAAUGAGGUUUGAGGGUCUCCACACCACUGAGUUGUUCAUGUCGCUGCUUUCUUUCUUGUUUCUAUAUACGAAAUAAUGUACACCACCUUUAAAAUCAAAUAGUCAUCAGCCCAGUCAGCGUGUACAUAUAUAUAUAUAAAUAUAAAUUUAAGAAAUAAAUUUAAGACCUGCAUCUUGUAAAAAGCAAAAGAAGCGUUAUUUGUAUUAGCAAGGAAAAUUAUCUACUACUAACCUAAUAUUAAUAUUAUUAUUCUUGUUUUUAGCUUGAAAGAAAAUACUGCAAUGGUGUAGAAUGUUCAUUGUUAAAAGUGCUGGCUGAUGAAAAACACAAAUAGAAAACAAAGCACUUGGAGAUUGGAAUAUUUUAGAAGUACAUUCCUUCACUUGUACAUAUUUGUAAUUUUUGUAACCUUGUUCAAUGUACUCCUGUAAUAAAACAUGAA